AUGAAGCCCCAGGUCCAUUCCUUCUUCGCCAAUGGGAGAAGACAGGAGCUCGGAACCAUCAAGAACGGCUGGGGCAUUUGUCGAGAAGGCGAAGAGCCUGCCGCUCCGCUGCCAGGCGGCGAUUGGCCUGACCACCUUGGUUUGGCUGAGGCUGGACCAUCCACUCCGACGACCCGGCUGCGCUACCGCGAGCGCCCAAAGCCUGCCGUUGCUGACGCAACUGAUACAUUUCUCCAAAGCAUAGUUGCCAAGACCUCGUCGCGCAAGGCGCCGUGUAAGGCUCCCUCCCCACCUCCCAUCUCUGCCCCGCCAUUCAUUCUUGAGCACCCAGCUAUCGCUGCUGUUCUAGCGGACAGCAGGCCGGACAAUAACAGGGAAACUUGGUGUGAGCGCCACCGACCUUGCGAGGCCGGAGCUGUUCUGGGCAAUGAGCUUGAGGCCGAGUACCUGCGCAACUGGCUCGAAGCACUUUCCAUCGGUCAGGCAGGCGUGCGUAAGAUCAUUCGCCGAGUGCCGCGCCGGAAGAUAGCCAAUCCCGAGCUUUCUUGGAUUGUUGACGACAUCGGCAUCUUCGGCGAGCCAGUGGAGGAGUACGGCGACGAGGAGCCUCCAGAACCGUACACAGAGCCGUAUCUCGGGCCGGGUGAGAGGCCUAACUCAUACCCUCCUCUGGGCGCAUUUGUGGGCAACACGAUCAUCCUCACUGGACCAAGUGGCACUGGAAAGAGCGCCGCUGUCCAUGCCGUUGCAACAGAGCUUGGAUGGGAUGUGUUCGAGGUGUAUCCUGGCAUUGGCAAGCGGACCGGCCCCCAGCUCCUUAACCUAGUUGGCGACGUCAGCAGGAAUCACACCGUUGGCUCGCGCGAUCAGAAGAAGUCGGCAGCAGCAGCAGCUAAGGCCCUGUUCUCUAAUGCGAAGACGAAGCCCCAGAAGACAGUACCUGGGAGCCAAGGGUCUCAGACCGAGCCGAUCGAUCUCGAAGGGGACACUCGCCCAUCUCCAGAGCCCUCAGCUACGACUGCCAAGACGAAGCAGUCACUGAUUCUCAUCGACGAGGCCGACAUUCUCUUCGACGAGGCCAGCACUUUCUGGCCUGCCAUUGUCUCGCUCAUAGCUGAAUCGCGCCGACCUGUGGUCAUCACAUGCAAUGAUCUCGCCACCAUCCCCACCGACAUCCUCCCUCUCCAGGUCAUCCUACACUUCCGAGCCGCCCCUUCCUACCUCGUACAGCCUUAUCUUGCAAGCAUCGCUCGCAGACACGGAUUGGCUUGUGACGUUCCACGGCUUUUCCAAGACUGCUCGCGGCCCUGCCUUACAGAUCUCUUGGAGCAGCCACUCCCGCCCAACGGCAACGAACCAGAGGAGCGAUUCGACUUGCGAGCCGCCCUGAUGCAGAUGCAGCUCGAUCGGCAAUUUUCGUGUGCACGCCGCCGCCGCCACGAUGGCGUCGACAAGCGCAGUCUCGGGGAGAUCGGGACAUUGACGCGUCAGCUAGAUGCCGAGUCUUACGCGGACACGUUCGUGGCGCCGCGUCCCUGGGCGAGGCUGGAGGUCUGUGAGGGCGACCGCUUCAUGCCUUCCGGCGACGACCAGGACGGCAUUCGGCUUGUGUGUAAGCCGGAUGUGCAGGACUUGUAUCCGGAGCUGGCAGCGUACAGUGCGUCCGAGGAGAUGGCGGAAGCUCUAGUGGAAUGCGCCGGCGGCAGCUUGUCCCGCGCUUCGCGACGUCUUCACUACGACCAGACAACAUACGUCCGCGGCCUGCUUCCAUUCCUGGACCCGCUCGUCCCCCUCAGCGCGCGCCUCCUUCCCCACCCAUCGCUGUUCCUUGAUGUGGUUCCGAUUGUGCGGUCAAUGGUGCUGGUCGACGACGCGUUCGAAAUGGCUGAUCGCGCGGCCGCCGAGAACGGCGAAGCGCGCAUCAAUCCGCGCACCGGGCGUGCGAUGCGCACCCAAGGUUACGAGCGGUGGCUAGACCUGGGUCUCGAGGCUCGGAUGGCUGCGGUAGAAGCUGGGCUGGGAUUCACAGAUACCUGGGAGGGUUGA